AUGGAGGGAAAUAAUGAGGACGAACGAGUUAGGCGUACGUUGGAAGAUUAUGCUUCUGUGUCUGUACCUUCAUCUUUCAACAGUAUAGCCCGACCUGUGGUAAAUGCUGCUAAUAUGGAAAUGAAACCUGCACUGAUUCACCUUGUUCAAAGUAAUCAGUUUACAGGAAUGUCACACGAAAAUCCCUAUGAUCAUCUGACAACUUUUACUGAGAUUUGUAACACUGUAAAAAUUUUACAUGUGUCAGAUGAAGCAAUUAGAUUGAGUCUAUUUCCCUUUUCUUUGGCUGGAAAUGCAAAGCUUUGGCUAAAUUCUUUUCCUGAAGGGAGUCUAACUGCUUGGGAUGACGUAGUGGCAAAAUUUUUGAAUAAAUAUUUCCCCCAAUCCAAGAUCAAUAAAGGCAAACAAGAAAUAUCAUCCUUUCAACAAGAGCAUGAAGAGUCGUUGAGUCAAACAUGGGAGAGGUUCAAGGGGUUGCUGAGAAAAACUCCAAUUCAUGGAUUUGACAUUCCCACUCAAUUAAACCUUUUCUUAGGAGGUUUAAAAUCUCACACAAAGCUUAUGCUAGAUGCCUCUGUUGGAGGUAACAUUAGGUGGAAGACACCUGAUGAGGCACAUGAAAUCAUUGAAAAUAUGGCAUCUAGUGAUAAUGAUGUCCAAAGUGAGAGAGUGCAAACGCAAAAGAAAGGCAUGUUUGAAUUGCAAUCCCAAGAUGCCUUAUUAGCCCAAAAUAAAAUUAUGACUCAACAACUUGAAUCAGUAAUGAAAAAGUUGUCACAAUUACCAAAGGAACUUCAAACUGUAUCACAGGCACAACAUCAUCAAACUGUGAAAGGUUGUGAACUUUGUGGUGGAGAGCACCAAAAUGGACAGUGUGCUAUUCAGUCCAAUGCAAAGGAAGAGGUUAAUUAUAUGGGAAAUCAGGGUUGUUCGAGCAACUAUGGCAAUUAUAAUCAAGGAUGGAGACCUCAUCCUAGCAUGGGUCAGGCUAGUUCUAGUAGACCACCACAACAACAGUUUCAACAACAACCUACUCUUUCUGAUAGGACAUCCAAACUUGAAGAAACUUUGCAACAAUUCAUGCAAGUAUCCAUCUCCAACCAUAAAAGUACUGAAGCUUCUAUUAGAAACUUGGAGACACAAGUGAGUCAACUUGCAAAGAAGCUGGAUGAGACAUCUGAAAAGAAAUUUGUGGCUAAGAAUGAAGUUCACUCCAGGGAGGAAUGUAAUGUCAUAAUAACCAGAAGUGGAAAAGAAGUGGGGUUUGAUUCCAAGGAGAAGCCGACAAAUAAAGAGAUUCAAGAACACAAAGAGGAUGAUCAAAAGAAGGUGAUUGAAGAAGAAGAAGAAAGUAGAAACAGGAAGGAAGAUGGAAGACAAAAAGAGAAAGUGUUGGUGAAGCAACUUCCUUAUCCUAAAAAUACUUCACAGAAGGAUAAGGAAAGACAAAUGGGUCGGUUCAAGAAGAUAUUUAAUCAACUUGAGAUUACUUUGCCCUUGACUGAAGCACUGCAACAAAUUCCUGCUUAUGCAAAAUAUGUGAAGCAAUUCCUUAGUAAAAAGAAGAAGUAUUUAGAUGAGGAAACAAUUGAAGUGCAGGGAAAUUGCAGUGCAAUUAUGCAGAAAUCUCUACCUUCAAAAGUCAAAGAUCCAGGGAGUUUCACUAUCCCCUGCACUAUUGGAAAUCAUGAUAUAGGGAAGGCUCUUGUUGACUUAGGGGCUAGCAUCAAUUUGAUGCCCCUAUCUAUGCUCAAAAAGAUUGGUGACCUUGAAGUCAAGUCAACAAGAAUGAUCUUGCAAAUGGCAGAUAGGUCCAUUAAGCAUCCUUACGGUGUAAUGGAAGAUGUGGUGAUUAAAGUUGAUAAACUAAAAUUCCCUGUUGAUUUUGUAGUAAUGGAAAUGGAGGAAGGUGUAGAUAUACCUCUCAUUCUUGGAAGACCUUUCAUGAAGACAGCUAAGAUUGUCAUUCAUGUUGAUGAUGGAACUGUGAAAUUAAAAGACCAAGAUGAAGAGGUGAUAUUUAAUGUCUUUGAAGAUGUGAAGCAAAAUCAAGAGGAAAAGACUAGUUCCAAAGUAAAAGAUGAAGUUUUAGCAAUUACUAGUCUUCCAAGGCAAGUUGCCAAGUUGGCCAAGAAGAAUCUUAAUUGUUUCAAUCCAAAAGUGAAGGAAAGAGAUGAAGAUAAGGAGAAGCAAAGAGUUCACCAACAAAUUGAAGUGAAAAGUGAUGAACUCAAACCUGGAAAACCUGUGAAUCUUAAGAACAGGUUAUGGGUCAUCAAGGACAUAAAGGCAAAUGGAGUACUCCAAAUUGAGGCUCCAUAUUCAAGAAGAAUUAAGUUGGUGACAAGAAAGUUACUCAGAAAAUGUUGGUGUCAUGAAAAGAAAAAGCACACUAACAUCAAGAAUCCAACUUAA